AUGGGAAAUUGCUGCUAAGCAGAGAGAACUAACGAAAUUGUUAUCAAUACUAAUUCAAAGAAGCCAAAGCAACACAGCUCUUACCAGCAUGGCGAGGACGAAUUGCUAGAUCUAGUUCUCGACGACAGAGAUGUUGGAGGAUUAAGAGGUACAGACAAGAUUGAGCAUAUUGAACGCAUUCAAUCUUUAUUCAGGGGUAUCAAAGCUAGGAAAUUUGUCGCACUUGUUCGCACAGUAGUGGAACUCAAGAGACUAGUAAACACUGUUGAAGGAAAUGUUCCAGAAUAUGAAAACAGAGAAGUACUUGAAAUUAUAAGAAAACUUGGGCCUUAUGACUAUGACAAGCCUACAGAUGACGGUAUUGCAAGGCAGAAGAAACCUCUAAUGGUAUUAGAGAACAAAACUAAGUAUGAGGGACAGUGGAAUGAGAAGACAGGUGAAAGAGAUGGUAUGGGAGUGCUCAUUUGGCCAGAUGGAUCAAUCUACGAGGGAUACUGGAAGCAAAACAAGGCCAAUGGAAAGGGUCGUCUUAUUCAUGCUGACAGAGAUGUUUAUGUAGGAGAGUGGCUCAAUGACAAAGCUCAUGGACAUGGUAUAUAUAUGCACUCAGAUGGUGCCAAGUAUGAAGGAGAAUGGUAUCACGAUAAGCAGCAAGGCAAAGGUAGAGAAUCAUGGCCUGAUGGAGCUAUAUUUGAAGGUAAUUAUCUCGAAGGAAAGAAAGAGGGAGAAGGAUAUUUCAAGUGGGCUGAUGGAAGCGAUUACAAAGGUGAGUUCAAGGAUAACAAUAUUCACGGAAUCGGUCAUUACAGAUGGGCUGAUGGUAGAGCUUACAAUGGAGAGUGGCAGUUCAAUAAAAUGCAUGGUAACGGUAUCUUCACCUGGGAUGAUGGAAGAAAAUAUGAAGGCUAGUACUAUGAUGACAAGAAGUAGGGCAAUGGUGUUUUCACCUGGCCAGAUGGCAGAAAGUAUGAAGGUGGCUGGCUAGAUGGAAAGCAGCACGGAAAAGGUAAAUAUUAUUCCAGCUAGGGAGAGAUUAAAUUUGGCGAAUGGAAAGACGGUAAGAGAAUCAAGUGGAUCAACGAAGAGGAAAUGGCAAGAAAUAACUGA